AUGCGUUCAUUUAUUUCUCUAUCGGCCUUUCUUACUUUCCUUUGCAUUGGCGUGGCGAAUAUAAAUGUCGCUGCCGCCGACAGCGGCAGCUCCUCAAAAUGCCAGGCGCAGAAUAUUCUCGAUGCUUGCCUGAAAUCCACCAAUCUCCUUCUUUCAACCUGCGCCGUGCAAGAUUGGAUCUGCCUCUGUGACAAAUAUACCGCUAUCCUGACCUGCUACAACAAUUGUCCCCAGGACCCAGGCCGGUUCGGCGUAGACUCCGCAAAAGUCGCGAACUGCAACGCUGCGGAUACUCUCCGAACAACCACUCCUGUAUCGACCCUAAAACCUACUGCGACGAAAAAUACGGGUGCCGCCUCCCAAACUUCGGGGGAGAGCACUGCUACCGGCACGGGAGCGCGCAGUUCAGCUUCAGCCACAGGGAAUGCGGCGGCAGGGAUGGUGGUUGUUGGUGGUGAGAUGGGAAUGGGAGGACUCGUUUGGAUGUUGCUUGCGGGGAUUGGGUAUUUGAUGUGA